AUGCUCAAACUCCACUAUCUGCUCGCGGUCUGCUGGGCGGCUGUCCUGGCAUACCAUCUGCGGCAUGUGCGAUCAAUUGCGAACAGACAGUAUGCUGCCCUGCUGUCGCUGCCAUCUCGCGAUAUUGCUGUCACCUUGAAGGCGGGCCACUCCGUGGACGACGUAAACGGCCGCCCCAAGCGAUGA